CGCGAUACGUUUCGGAAAAUCCCGGAAGACACUUUGCUUUUGCCGGGCUUUUGACGCGUCCGUUUUUGCACAGGUUUGCAUCACAUGUUGGAUUCUUUCUUGCCGCAACUUCGGCGAAUGACAUCUUCUAAUAUCAAUUCCGAUCGAUCGUAUGGAAGCUAAAGAUGCCGAAAGUGAACACGAUACUUAAUUAUUUCACGUCCCCAAAAACUGUCAAGAAGCCGGAGACACCGAAGGAGGAGAAAGAGAAAUCGGUGACUCCUAAGAGGAAACAAAAGAACAAAGAAAUUGUCAAAAAUGGAAAAGAAAAUAAAAACACAGAUGAUAGGAAGAGAUUAUAUAAAGAUGAUGUUGAAGAAAAAGAAGAAGAAGAACCUGUUAAGAUUAAAAGACGACGCCUGAUUAUUCCUGAUGAAGAAUCUGGGGAAGAUUCCGGAGAUGAAUUCAAGCCAGGUUCUGAAUCUGAGGAUUCUGAGUCAGUUUCUGAAGGGGACACAGAACACGAACCUUCGACAGGAACAGAGGAGGAAACACCAGAGAAAAAAAGGAAAAAAACCGUGUCUAGAUCCAAGUCAAGACAAGUAAAACAUUCUCAUGAUACGAAAACAAAUAAAAAAGAUACUAAACAACUUACGCAAGUUCAAAAUCAAGCUGUAAGUAAUGGAUUUGCUGUCACGCCCACUUGGCCUCACUUGAAAUUGGACUUUCUACAGCCAGAUAAGAUAAAGGACAUAUACAGGAGAACACCGAAGGAUCCAGAUUAUGAUUCCAGGACAGUCUAUGUACCCAUCGAAUUCUUAAAUAAUCAAACUCCUGCGAUGAGACAAUGGUGGGAAUUAAAAAGCAAGCAUUUUGACUGUGUGCUUUUUUUCAAAGUCGGUAAAUUCUAUGAAUUGUAUCACAUGGACGCAGUUAUCGGUGUCAAUGAACUCAGCCUCACGUACAUGCGAGGUGAAUUCGCGCAUUCUGGAUUUCCUGAAAUCGGAUAUGGUCGUUACUCGGCAAGUCUUAUAGAGAGGGGAUACAAAGUCGCACGAGUGGAGCAAACGGAGAAUCCGGAAAUGAUGUCAGCGCGUUGUAAUAAAAUGAUUAAAGCGACAAAGUUUGAUAAAGUCGUAAAGCGUGAAAUUUGUCAAGUCAGUACCAAAGGCACAAGAGUAUAUACUCCGUUGGACGUGGAGGCGUCUACACCAAACUCCAAUUAUUUGUUAUCUCUGGUUGAAAAAAAUGAUCUUAGUUCAUCGAUCAGCUCCUAUGGCGUAUGUUUUGUAGAUACAACGAUAGGUGAAUUUUAUCUUGGUCAAUUCAUCGAUGAUCGCUGCAAUUCGAGACUGUUAACUCUACUGGCUCACCAUCCACCGGUUCACAUAAUACACGAGCGCGGUAAUCUAUCGCAAAAAACUUUGCAACUUAUAAAUAAUACUUUACCAGUAGCGUUAAAAGAAUCACUACAGCGCGAGACACAAUUCUGGUCUGCUACAACUGUAUUAAAAAAACUUCACGAAGGAGGUUACUUCAAAACAGAAAAAGAUUCCAAUUUUGCAUGGCCUGAAGGUUUGAAAUCGUAUCUUAACGAAGGAGACAGCUUGGGUUUAACGCCAGCCGAUAAUAAGGAAUUAGCGAUACACGCGCUCGGAGGAUGUGUAUAUUUGCUGAAGGAGUUUCUACUCGAACAGCAAUUAUUAGCGCAAGGUUGCUUUAAUACCUAUAUUCCGCCGGAUUUUUCAGCCGCGAGCAAUCGCGCAGGUCUUAAUUACGCAAACACCAUGGUAAUAGAUGCCGUUACGAUAAAAAAUCUAAGGAUCUUCGGUGAGGGUUCGCUCACCAAUGCAUUAGAUCGUUGUUGUACCGCAUUCGGCAAAAGAUUACUACGUGAAUGGAUCUGCAGGCCGUCUUGCCGCAAAACUGUUAUUAUAGAACGCCAGGAAGCUAUACAAGAAUUAGUGGAUCGUAUGGAUGUAAUGCAAUCAGCUCGCGCAAUUUUGUCAACUUUACCGGAUCUCGAAAGGUUGCUGAGCAAAAUACAUGCUCAGGGAAAUGCAGCAAGAAUGAAAAAUCAUCCUGAUGGUAGAGCCAUAAUGUUCGAAGGCCCGACAUAUUCGAAGAGAGUAAUCGUGGAUUUCACUACGACACUCGCCAAAUUCGAAGAGGUGUUAAAAUUUGUCGAGUUGUUUGAUGAUUUCAAAAGUAACUUGAUAACACGUUGUGUCCGAUAUGAACCGGAAGGCGAUUUUCCUCAUUUAAGAGAAACAUUGGAUUACUUUAAGACCGCGUUUGAUCACGAAGAUGCCAAGAAGCAAGGUUGCAUUGUUCCGAAAAAGGGGGUUGAUGCUGAAUAUGAUUCGGUUUUAACCGAACUCGCAGAGAACAAGAAAAAUCUAGACAAAUACCUUGAAAAACAAAAGCAGCAUUUUGGUGUAAAAAUAACUUUCUUCGGAACGGAUAGGAAACGUUAUCAGAUUGAGAUUCCCGAUUCGCAAAUCAAGAAAGUCGGUCCCGGAUACGAACUACAAUCACAAAGAAAAGGCUUCAAACGCUAUUAUACUGCCGAGGCAAAGGAACUUUUGGCGAGGCAAAUGAGUGCAGAAGAGCACAGAGAUAAAGUGUUAAAGGAUCUUAAUAGGCGAAUAUUUGCGCAGUUCAGCGAAAAGUACGACAUGUGGCAUGCGGCCGUUCACAAAUUGGCCACGAUGGACGUUCUUAUUUCUCUCGCGGAUUACGCACGAAAUAGCGAUAUGUGUAUGCCAGAGAUACAUGACGGGUCGGACGGUGAGAUAUUCAUCAAAAUACAAGACGGAAAGCACCCUUGCAUCACAUCUGACAACUUUAUACCGAAUGACACUCUGUUGGCAACUGAUGGCACCGCCUCUUUCAUGAUUCUGACGGGACCAAACAUGGGAGGCAAAUCAACUCUAAUGCGUCAAGUGGGCCUGAUCACGAUCAUGGCGCAGAUAGGCAGCUAUGUUCCAGCCAGCUCGUGUUGCAUAACGCUAGUAGACCGUAUUUUCACGCGACUGGGUGCAAAUGACGAUAUUCUGGCUGGUCAGAGCACGUUCCUGGUCGAACUAAGUGAAACCGCCGCAAUACUGCAACACGCUACGCCCUAUUCGCUUGUUCUGCUUGAUGAAUUAGGACGUGGCACAUCAACUUACGAUGGUACAGCAAUAGCGGCUGCGGUUGUCGAUGCACUGACCAAGCUCAAGUGUCGUACAUUGUUCUCGACGCAUUAUCAUUCUUUGGUCGAAGAUUACAAAACCAAUAAAGAAGUUACGUUAGCCCAUAUGGCAUGUAUGGUAGAGACAGAAGAGGAAGAGGAAGUUUCGCAAGAGACUGUAACAUUUUUGUAUAAGCUCAGUGAAGGAGCUUGCCCGAAAUCUUACGGAUUCAAUGCCGCUCGAUUAGCAGGCGUACCAUCUAUAAUCACAAAGAAAGCGCAUGAAAUAGCUAAGAGAAUGGAGCAAGAAACUAAUCACAAACACAUAUUCAAUGCUCUUUGCAAAGCUAAUGGUGCUGGAAUGAGAAGUCUUAUUGCUACCAUUUAAUACAUUAAGUAUAAUUGCGUUACAUUUAAAUGCUCGUAAAAUUAUUUUAAAGAAACUAUUCAGAAAAAGAAUGGAAAAAAAUUUUAUGAUUUGAUAAAAUAUUAACCGAUAAAUUACCUGUUUAGAGAUAAAAAGGACAUUAUUUA